GUGAUACGACGGAUAUCGUAGACCAGAAAGUCAUCAGUCUAUUCAUUAACCGGUUCAAACCUUGAAAAAUAUUCCUGUUUUCAUUUCAUUUUCAGCAGUCAAAUCCUUACCAUCUGUAUAUAAACCAUUUGGGCCAUGCAAUCUCACCAUUCAUCCAUUCUCAUCACUAACACUAUAAAGAAACGUAUCUAUCAAAAACCACAGCUAGCUUCAGAGAUCAGUACCAAGAAAAUCUUCAUAUAGUGUUCAUCAUUGAAAGAAGAAAAAGGAAAUGGCAACCUUGAAUUCAUCAGUCUCUUGUUGUUCCUCCUCCAAGCAAAGAGGAAUUAUUAAGGCUGCUAUCAAUAUCCCGAGGCGGGUCGCCAAUAUUUCUCUUCCGGGCCUCCGGACUGGAGGGCUGGUGGAGGAAAUGGAACUGCAUAGGUGUGUGGAGAAGCAGUUGAGCCCUGUUAAGAUCAGUACAAUCAAGAGAAAUGAAAAUAACGGGCCGGAUCCGGUGGUGAUGGCGAAGCUUUACGCCAUACUGGAAGCAGUUGCUGAUAGAGUGGAGAUGCACAAGAAUAUUGGAGACCAGAGAACCAAUUGGAACAGUCUUCUUUUGAUAUCCAUCAACUCUCUCACUCUCGCGGCUGCCACGAUGGCGGGCCCCAUCAGCGGCGGUGCUCCUGCUGCCGCUAUGAAACUUUCUUCCACCUCCUUGUACGUGGCGGCGACUGGUAUGCUGUCAAUUAUGAAUAAAAUCCAGCCUUCUCAGCUUGCGGAAGAACAAAGAAAUGCUGCCAGGCUGUUCAAGCAGCUUCAGAAUCAAAUUCAGACCAUUAUAUCGAUUGGAAAUCCCACAGUUGUCGAUGUGAAGGAGAUGAUGGAAAAAGUGUUGGCCCUUGACAAGGCAUACCCGCUUCCUCUUCUGGGAGCGAUGCUCGAGAAGUUCCCGGCGAAGGUGGAGCCCGCUGUUUGGUGGCCGGAGCAAAGAAGGAAGCAGUCAAAAGGAAAUACAGGUUACAACGGCUGGAACGGGAAGCUGGAAGAAGAAAUGAGAGAAAUAGUUAAAGUCAUAAGAAUAAAAGACAAAGAAGAUUACUUGAGAUUGGGUACAAAGGCACUAAAUCUCAACAAAGUUCUUUCUGUUGCCGGUCCCGUGCUGACGGGUUUAGCCGCCGUGGGCUCCUCUCUUGUCGGCUCACCUUCUCAUGGUAAUUGGGCUGUGGUUCUGGGAGUUGUCGGCGGCGCGUUGGCGAGUGUGGUAAACAGUUUGGAGCACGGGGGGCAGGUGGGAAUGGUGUUUGAAAUGUACAGGAGCAACGCUGGAUUCUUCAAGCUGAUGGAAGAGUCAAUUGAAUCAAACUUGAGAGAAGAAGAGAGGGAGAGAAGGGAGAACGGGGAGGUGUUUGAAAUGAAGGUGGGUCUGCAGCUGGGAAGGAGUUUGUCGCAGCUGAGAGAUCUUGCGGCGGCGGCGUCUGUUAAAGGGGAAGACAUUGAAGAGUUUGCGAGCAAGCUUUUCUGAUCAUGUGUGUGUGCAUGGACAAGACCGCUCUUAAUUUUGUGGAUAUAUGAUUAAAUGUAAAGCUAACUUAGUAUGUGUAUUUAUAUAACCAAUUCUUUGAUUCAUUGUAAACCAGCUGAUCUUUUCAGCAACUCAUGAUACUUGAUACAUAUUGUUGAUUAAUUA